AUGACAAGAAGUUUAACUUAUAUAAAUUUGAAUGUACCAAUAAAAUCAGUCAAACAAAAAGAUAUCGAAGGUUUAUAUCAAACAAUUGAUCAAGAUCGAAAAAUCCUUAUUCGAGCUGCAAUUGUUCGAACAAUGAAACAACGAAAAACUUUAAAACAUGCAUUAUUAACUCAAGAAGUUAUUCAUCAAUUAAGUUCUCGUUUUCAACCUAAAAUUCCUGUGAUUAAAAAAUGUAUUGAAACAUUAAUUGAAGAACAAUGCCUUGAAUGUCAAUCAAAUAAAAACGAUGUAUUGCAUUACUUGGCUUAA